AUGAAGAGGCUUCGGGCGACCGGAGGAAAUGAGUCCAAGUCAUCGGUAUGGCGGCGCUUGACUCGCAGGACCUCAACUCGCCCUGAACUACUAGUCGACACCCCGACACCCCUCCCUGCUACUACAAACGAGCAAAAUUUUGGCCGCAAAGCUGUCAGCCUCAAUGAAGACAUACUGUACAAAGUAGUAGAGGAACUCGCGACCCAUUCUCCUAAAUCUCUCCUUUCUGUAGCCCUCGUCAGUCGGGCUGUUCAUUCCUUUACUGUCACCGUCCUCUUUCGAAGCGUCUGGGUAGGUCGUUUUGAGGCCAAAAAAAGGGAGCGAGCCCUUCUUCAUCGACUACAAAAUGACCUAUUGCUCUGCUCAUACAUUCGCCAACUCACCAUUUACAAUGAGCCAGGGAGAAACGUAGAAUACGAAGGAAUCGUGACAAUUCUAUUGCAUCUCCUUCCUCAUAUGACCAAUCUCAAGGAUUUCUGUUGUUAUACCCCCUUGGGAUCCUCACUGGCACAACAUAUUUCUUGCAACAAUCCAGCUGUGCAGCUUUGUCUGCACUCGAUGCCUUUGACCAAUGAGACCUUUGCGUCUUGUGCUAACAUUGUUUCCAUUGAUGCCGAAACUCACUUCUACCGGGGCCCUGAAAAUUUCCUUGUUCGCUUAAAGGAGUUAGCCUUGUCCAGCGCCAAUUUCCGUUCGCUUACUUUGCGCGUUCUGUGGGGCGGUUGUGUUCGCGGACCUAUAACCAUCGGAGAUAUCACGUUUGAACCAGGAGAGAGAUUAUCCUCCCUUCGCAGCCUUUCGGUUGAUGGUAUUACCCCUAAUGAUUCAUGGAACCUUGGUGUUCCCUGGGAUGUGCUGGAGGACAUUUAUUUUCGUCGCUUUCCUUCCAUCCUCCGAUCCCGGGUUGACACGAUGCACAACCUCCGUUCCAUCGGGCUGAGCGGUGGGUCUGGUUGGGUCACCAAUGAGGAACGUUCCCAAGCUGCAGUACCAAUUAAUGAAUUCCUUUCCCGCGUUCCUUCUGCUCUGGAAGAGCUCAACUUGGAGGAGCUCACCGGAGUGAUACCGGUUUCCACGAUUACCAGGUUUGGACCCUCUCUCAAGAGACUCAGGUUUCACAACCGUGGGAGCUUUGGCAACGUGGAGACGCGGCAUGUGUUUUCGGCUCAACAGCUAGACGAGAUCCGUGUUGCCUGCCCUAACUUGGAAGAACUCCAGAUUGACAUCAAUCCCGAUGGAGAAUGGCCAUACAAUGUCUUGGACGCGGUGGCUAAAUUUCCGCGCCUGAACAAGCUCACGUUGUCUGUUGGACUUGGGCUCCACGCGGGGACGCCUGUCAAACCUUACCCCAGCCACUACAGCAGUGUCCAGCUCUAUAAAUACGUAGCAUCGGUUCGACGACCCAUGCGUCCCCUGAACGAACUUGCUGUUCAACUGGGCGGGCCUCACCAAACGAGGGGAGGUUACGGUAUAUCGUCGAUACUGAGGAAACCAACGUCGUACCGGGUCGUACCUUGUGAGCGACUCGAGGACGCCCAAGCUGGCCUGCUUAAUGUCUGGAGAGACCAGGCAACUUGGGGACGACAACUUGAGUCUUUCUAUGGCCCAGUUGGAGGAGACACCAAGGAUGACAGGAAGAUAUUUGCUCUUCACGAGCGGCACGAACUGCACAUGUGA